AUGGCGGACGUAGAAGCAUUUUACAGCAUCCGGGCGCCUCUUAUUACCUUAUCCAAAAUAAUCGGAGUUGGAGUUUGGAAUCGAGAGAGAACGUUAACACCGGCAUCAUACUAUCUAAUGGCCAAUAUGGUGGCUUACAAUGUGUGCACUGGUUACACUAUUCUGAAGCAUGCCUCAGAUCCAAUCGAAUUAAUGCAGUGCACUAUUAUUUUCGGUGUAGCUUCGCUGUUGAUUUUUAAGUUUUUCAUUUCGAUUUAUAAAAAGAAGGUUAUGAGCAAUCUCUUCGAUCUAACGGAAGAGAACGUGUAUCGCCGAUAUUCUGUAGGAAUCCCUGAAGAAAAGGCAAUAGUAGCGAAAACAUCUCGCUACUUAAGCAUCGUCUGGAAGUUGAUGUCAGCAUUGUACUUUUCCACAUUGUUUGUGUUUAGCACAUGGCCAAUUUACGUUUACUAUACCGAAAAUCGGUUGGUCCCACUUUUCUCCUAUGAAAUACCUAUGGUUGAUACGAAUCAAGCAAUUGGAUAUGGGCUAACGAUGCUUUUCCAUGUUAACAUCUACUUGCUAGGCGUUUUCGGAGCUAUUAUUUCCGAUUACAUGUUCGUUUUUCUAGCGUUUCAUGCGCUUGCUUGUACAGAUUUGUUUAUCUUGCAUCUAGCGCAAUUGGAAACACUCUUAAAUGCUGAUUCACACGAGAAAGAUAAUAGUAAGAUAGCGGAGAACUGGCUUCUUUGCAUGCAGGAUCACCAAUUUGCAACUGAGUUUUACAACACCACUGAAGAUAUCUUCAGUUUUAUUUGCAUGGUGCAGGUAUUUACAUGUGUUUACACCAUAUGUGAUGCGAUGCUGCUGAUAACACUGAAUGAUUGGUACGCAGCAUACUGUUUUUUGCUUGUGGUAUUUGGAAAUAUGGCUAUUUAUUUCAUCCUAGGUAACUUUGUUGAACUUAAGUUAGACGAAAUGUAUGACAGUAUUACAGCCCUAUCGUGGAAUUUAUUGACUUUGUCGCAGCAAAAAGAGUAUCACUAUAUGUUGGCACGUUCGCAGCGACCAAUGAUGCUUACGAUUUUCGGAUUUGUGCCAAUGAAUUUUGAAAGCUACAUGUCGGUAUUGAGGAUGUUGUAUCAAUUUUUUGUUAUGGUAAUGCAAUAUAUGUCAUAA